GAAUUAUGUAGACACCGUUAUAUACCAGGUUCAAGUGCCGCUUUCAGUUUUGGAAAAUGGGGAUCGACGGACUCUUGUUCAUCCUUUCUGUUAUAGAUGAAGGCGCCCUGUUGUUUCUAGUGGUGUAUUUUGUUAUAACUCUUUCAGAUUUAGAAUGUGAUUAUUUAAAUGCAACAACAUGCUGCACAAGACUCAACAGGUUUGUGUUGCCAGAAAUAAUAGCCCAGUCGGCCCUGGCUGUUCUUCUCCUGAUCACCGGCCACUGGAUCUUAUUCCUCUUGUAUAUCCCAUGUACUGCCUGGAUCAUUUAUCUAUUUGUCACAAAGCCUAAGGGUAAUAUAGGUUUAUAUGAUCCAGCUGAAAUCCACAACAGACAUCAGCUCAAAGCUUAUAUGAGAGAUAAUAUGAUCAAAAUGGGUGUUCAUCUCAUCUUUUUCUUCAUCUUCUUGUAUUGGAUGAUUUACUCCCUUAUUAAGGGAUAUUAACCUUUGACCUCCCCUCUGCUGUUCCAUGGUGAUGUAUUCUGUGACUUGUAGUAAGAGUGACAUCACUUCCUGUCUUCUUGUAGGAUGAUUUAUAGUCUGUUGAAGGAUGACACGACCAUGUUUGGAGUUCCUGCUGAGAAAGCUAAACUGACAGAUGACCCUUAUGAACUGUAAAAUGCUCUCUGUGACACUUUGAUGAAUUGGUGCAUAUAUUUUUUUUUUGAUAACAUUUACAAGCCAUAUUUUUAAAAACAAUUUUUUCUUUGUGUGUGCAGUGCUUGCUUAUUUGCCUUUUAUUUUCUAGUUGAUAAAGUCCCAAGCUAUAUUAGUAGCAUUAAAAAAACUAAGUAGAUACAUUCUUUUUAAACCAAAAUUUAUAUACCAUUCAACCAAAGAAAUUGAUGUGAAAUACGGUUUAUAUAUUACAUAUACAGAUGUGUAUAGACCUUUCUUAUACCAAUUUACAUGUAUUUUAUCUUCAGGGAUUUAGACUUCUACAAUUAUAAAAUGAAAUAAUUUUUUUAAAUAUGAGUACAAUAAUUUCACAAUUCAUUUUCAAUUUUAAAAAGCAAAAUAUUAAUGUACCGGUAAAGGGAAACUAUUACAUGUAUAAAUAUAGUAGAUAAUGCUGAUUUUGUUUUAUUAGAUUAGAAAUGCAAGUAUUUUGUGGCAUCUUUGUGUUUUCCUUCAACAGCUUUUUAUUGCUUUUUGCAGUGAUAAAUUAUUUUCAUAUUGCCAUUGUGUAUAAAUGUAGAAGAGCUGUAAGUUUGUUUAUAAGAAAAUGCUAUAAUACUUUAAUCAUAUUUAACAAUGGAACCAUGAGUGCGGUGUGCAAUUUAAUACUUGACAUAUUUUGUCAUGUGCUGUUAUGCAAUAUACAUCUGGCCUAUAGACCAUAAACUAAAACUAUACUUUAAUUCAAAAUUUGAUUAUACAUUUCAAAUAUUUAAAGUUUUGAAAUACUUAUAACAUUUAAAUGAGAUCGAGUUGCAUUAUUGGUUUAUGCGGCUGUGUAUUUUAAAAAAUGUGUCGCAAAAUUUUUUCUUCUUCACUUUUUAUGGUCUUGCAGUUAGAUUACAGAGUUUAACUGUUACAUGUAUUGUGUGUAAAAGUGUGUAAAAACUUAUAGAUUGAUUUAACCAAUGCAUGUACACCCAGUAUUUAGAGUACAGUAUUUAUAAUCUGACUUGGACAAUACAAGUUUAAAUAAAGCUUAAAUGGGCAAAAAAAUACCCAACAUAUCCUUUCUAUCUACCAGAAAAAUGAAAAAUACCACACAAAACUUGAUCUUAAUUCCUUUUUAAUGGGACGAUAACUUGACUUCAAUAUUCGCAUAGUUUACAUGUCUUAAUGAAAGUGAUCAAAUUGGUUUCAAAUGGAUGUGUCUAAACAAGUUUGUUUGCUGUAACUUAAUGUCCCAAUACAUAUACAUGAAAUGCAUUGUGGUUGGAAAAUUCUCAUUGUACCGGUACAUGUAUUAGUGUUCUACUUGUAUAAAAGAGCAUGGCGACCUCUACAAUGACAUGUAACAUGGUUCAAUAACUGUGAAUUUUAUAUGUUUACAAGUAAUAAACAAAUGUUCAAUAAAUUAUCUUCUGUGA